AUGCAAUUUAACAAAUCCCAUAAAUAACCAUAAAAUAAGGUUAAAAUUACAGUUGUUGGAAAUAUGGGAGUUGGAAAAACUUAAAUAAUUAAUAGGUUUUGUGACUACCUUAAUUCCAAUUAAUAUGUAGAAUCUCAAGAUAUCCCCUUAAAUCUAUUAAAAGCAAGAGAUUUUCAAUCAAAAUCUAUUGUUCUCAAAAAUAAAAAUUUCAUUUUAAAUCUAUAAGAUACCUCAGGUGAUAAAAAAUUCUAAGUAGUAACAGAAGUUUUCAUAAAAGGUGCAAAUGCAGUGAUAAUUGUAUUUGAUCAACAAUAACUUUCCUCUUUUUACGAUGUUAAAUAUUGGAUUAAUUUAAUCAAUAAAAUAGACUCUAAAGUUUAACAUAAAAUUUUAAUUGGUACACUAUUUGAUUAGAUUUAGGAAAUAAAUGUGAUUUAGAAAAGUUAUUUAAAGAAAAUGAGUUGUAAUAAUUAAUAAAUGAAGAAAAUUUAUUAUAUUACGAAACCUCAGUUAAAGAAAAUAUUAACAUUGAGGUUGUUAUAUUAAAAAUUGUGGAAUUAGUUUCAGAAGAUUAUCCUACAAGUGAUGAAAUUUAGUAAUUGAGUUCAAUCAUUCUAGAAGAACAUAAAAAAUCUAAAAUAAGAGAUUCUUGUUGUGCAAAUUGUAUAAUUAUGUGA